UAGUACGAUACAUGACGGACGAAAAUCCGGCAUUUAUUCUUUAAAAGUGAACGACACCAUUCAUCAAGUACAAGCUGUAACUGGAUUCAUUCAAAUAUGUGAAAUACAAGCGGGCUAUAAGAAAUAGUUGUGGGUGAAACGAUUAGUUUUAUGUCAUUUAUGAUACCAUCUAUGUGUUAAUCUACUACCUACCAGGUUUAUUCAACUUGGUAUCUAGUAUCUUCCAAUUGCAUAUAAAAUAACCUAAAAAAUUGCGAAUCCGAUGUUUGUGUCGAUUGAUAUGUAAAUCUGUCCGUUGUCAUGCAAGAAACGUUGUACUAGGUGUAAGAAUUUACUUUUUCGGGAGAGGCCGAUCUGUUAAAGAUAAAUAGGUCUUAUCGCAGUCAUUUAUUACGUACGAGGAGCCUAGGCAUGACAUUUUAUUUGUUGAUAUAGUUCCCCUUGCUGAGUUUCAAUAACAUCUUUAAUCCUUUUCCGCAAAUUGGCCCUCAACAGCUUCUAUAAGUUCGUCAUUUGUCCCCCUUUAGCGUUUUUCUUGAGAUUCGAGAACAAAAAUAGUCACUGGAUGCCAGAUCUUGACUAUAAGGCGGAUGUUCAAUUUUUCGAAGACACAAUCAUCUACAGCAGCUUUUUAAAAGUCUGGAAUUGUGUACUGGUGCACUGUCCUGGAGCAACAAGACACCUUGUGUCAGUUUUCCGCGUCUCCUCACUUUACCAGCAUCUCAUUAGGUUCGCAAAACAUUCUCCCGUUACCGCACUACCCUAAUUCAUAUAAUAAUCAAUUAGCAAAACUCCUGGAGAGUCCCAACAAUUGUUGCCAUUAUUUUUCUUGCAGAAGGGGUGCCUAAAUUUGUUGGGAGAUCAAUUUUGACCAUUCGAAAAUAGUUGACUUAGAAGGGCAAUCAUCCCUCGUAUACAGGCAUUUAUUUAAGGAUAAUUUUUAGAGGUUUUUCUUGUUUUGUAGUUACCAAGGCAUACCUAUGUGAUUAAAAAACAGCAUAAUGAAAAACUGCAUCAAAAUUUAUAACAGCGCAGUCCGGGAACAUAAAAGCGACCCCUCGCAGCUGAAAAGAUUCCAAUAUAUAUUCGAGAAGAAGGAGCUACUCAAUUCAGUGAGUAUUUUUCCUAUUCAAUUGAAUUGAAUUGAAGUGAAGGUAACCUUGGCACUAGAGAAGUUUAAAAUAUUACCGAUCAUGUCAUAAUUACGACAGUUUACCUCCCGGAGGUAAUAAAAACCUAAUUAAGUGUAAUAUGUAAUAAUCCCUUAAUGAUAAAUUCAAGUAAGUAAGUGUAAUGUGGAGGAAAAGUAGUUUUCAGAAAUCAAGUAUAAAACCCAGAGGAACUGUAACCGAAGCAUCAGUUGUAACAUUCUGCUCACACCAUGUCUUUCAAGCUUGUGACAAUCUACGCUUUAAUCGCAUUCGCCAAUGCCGGAUACCUAGAAUCCGGAUUGAGAUAUGCGGCUCCGGCUCCGAUCGCUUACAGAAGCUACGUAUCGCCUGCGGUUACAAAGACCGAUUUCAUCCCGGGAUCCUACUCGUCUUCCUACAGAAGCGAUGUCAUCACUCCACGUGUCCAGUACACCGAAACCCCCGGAUACAGCUACGCAGUCCCCCAACCACCAGCCAUCGCCUACGCUCCCACCGUCACCAAAGUUGCACAUCUUGAACCGAUCGUAAGAGCUCUUCCAGCAAUCGCUCCAGCUCCAAUCGCUCGUGUUGGAUACGCAGGCGCCGCUUCAUUCGCACUUGGAGGACACGGAUUGGGAUACGCUAGAGCUCUACCUUUGGCGCACAAUGGCCUUGCUCUAGGCGGAUUUGCGCGCGGAUUACCUCUUGGUCAUAGCACCUAUGGUGGUUACUAUUAAGAUACUUGCGUAAUUUAUAUUAAAAUAUACGAGUAACUUCCAUGAAUUUGGGAAAAUUUAUUUUGACACCUUAUCU